GAAGAGAGAAUGCUGACGAUGGUUCAAUCUACCAUCUCCUCACCCUUGCAGCAUUUACCACCAAUUCUAACCGCAACCCACAAAUGUAACAGUAAUUUUCAGCUCUCAGCUUCAGUUCCUCAGUGGCCAAGUACAAGUACAACUCUCAAUGUCAGAUUGAAGCCUCCAAAGGAGCUCCUCUCUUUUCAGAUACUCGGAAGGGAAGUGAGAAGCUUUUCAUUCUUGCCAUUACAAAGACUAGAUGAAUUCUCAAGUUACCUACCACAUAGUGAAGAUUUAACUAUUGUGGAUAGACAAUCAAUUUACACAGCGGAGCUCUCUUAUGGAGCAAUAUCAUGGUUCGUGUCUGAACAAGCUGCAUUGGCAAGUGAAAAUGUCAGAAUGAAUGCAGUUUUUGAGAUUGGGGAAUUGUUUGAAUUAGGAAUUCAGCUCACCUACUUGCUUCUGCUACUGGUGUUGAUUGGGGUUGGAAGCUUUUUCGUAAUCCGUCAAGUACUUGUCCGAAGAGAGCUUGAUCUUUCUGCAAAAGAAUUGCAAGAACAGGUUAGAAGUGGAGAUGCUAGUGCAACGGAGUUUUUUGAACUCGGAGCAGUGAUGCUGAGAAGAAAAUUUUAUCCAGCAGCUACUAAGUACCUGCUUCAGGCAAUUGAGAGAUGGGAUGGUGACGAUCAGGAUCUUGCUCAAGUUUAUAACGCCCUUGGUGUUAGUUACAUCCGUGAUGAAAAAUUAGAGAAGGGAAUAGCCCAGUUUGAAAAUGCUGUAAAACUUCAACCAGGCUAUGUCACUGCCUGGAACAACCUUGGUGAUGCCUAUGAGAAGAAGAGACUUCAAGUCUCCCUUAAAGCAUAUGAAGAAGUUCUCCUUUUUGAUCCUAACAACAAAAUUGCACGUCCUAAGCGAGAUGCCUUGAAGGAAAAAGUGAAAGUGUACAAAGGAGUUCCUGUGAAAUCCAAGAAGAGUUGAUUAUUAUUAUGUUCAUCCUUAGGAACUUUGUCGUUAUUUGUCUGAACUUUACCGGUUUAAUAGUUGCUCCAGCCAAAAUUUUGAAACAUUAAUAGCUGGAUUUUCAAAACAGAUCCUAUGCCGUGGUAUCAACUAUCAAUGAACCAUGAUGAGUUUAAUUGUCCUUGAGGUAUGAUCUUGAAUGAGCCAUCUUGCUCUACUGAGGGUUUACGGAAAAGAUGAGUACAUUGUUCGUCUUA